CCCGCCCAUUCUUAAAGUCGCAGUAGGAAAAGCGGCUCGUCUGUAGGGCACAGGUCUCGGCGCACGUCCUCUGGCGGGGAUUGGACGCACAUUCGGGGGCUGAAUACAACAUUAAUCUACGAAUUCCAUCAUGGCCGCGACAUUAAUGCGUUCCCUUGUAAAGAAGAGGGUUCCUCUUCAGAUGGGACGCAUGUGCUACUCCUCCUCCUCUGUGCCCACCACCAAGUUGUUCAUUGAUGGAAAGUUUGUCGAAUCCAAGAGUCCAGAAUGGUUGGACAUUCACAAUCCUGCCACCAACGAGGUCAUUGGUCGAGUGCCAAAGGCCACACAAGAGGAGAUGUUGGCCGCCGUGGACUCGUGCUCACGGGCGUACCACACAUGGUCUGAAACUUCCAUCCUCACCCGCCAGCAGAUCUUCCUUCGCUAUCAGCUGCUCAUUAAAGACAAUAUUAAAGAGCUGGCCAAGCUGAUAACCCUGGAGCAGGGAAAAACCCUGGCUGAUGCUGAGGGUGAUGUGUUCAGAGGACUGCAGGUGGUGGAGCACACCUGUAGUAUCACAUCCCUUAUGCUGGGCGAGACCCUCCCCUCCAUCACUAAAGACAUGGACACAUACACAUACCGGUUGCCCAUUGGCGUAUGCGCCGGUAUAGCCCCCUUCAAUUUCCCUGCCAUGAUUCCACUCUGGAUGUUCCCAAUGGGCAUGGUGUGCGGGAACAGCUAUUUAUUGAAGCCCUCAGAGAGGGUGCCUGGCUGCGCCAUGUUGCUGGCCAAACUGCUGCAGGACGCCGGUGCUCCAGAUGGAACAUUAAACAUAAUUCACGGACAGCAUGACGCUGUGAACUUCAUCUGUGACCAUCCUGCCAUCAAAGCCAUCAGUUUUGUAGGCUCCAACCAGGCUGGCGAGUACAUCUAUGAGAGAGGCUCCAAAAAUGGCAAAAGAGUACAGAGCAACAUGGGGGCGAAGAAUCACGGUGUGGUGAUGCCUGAUGCUAACAAAGAGAACACACUAAACCAGUUUGUUGGUGCUGCUUUUGGAGCAGCAGGUCAGAGAUGUAUGGCACUUUCCACUGCCGUCCUUGUAGGAGAAGCACGAGACUGGUUGCCUGAGCUGGUUGAACGUGCAAAGGGUCUCCGUGUCAAUGCAGGUGACCAGCCCGGAGCUGAUGUGGGACCUCUCAUCUCGCCUCAGGCCAAACAGCGAGUCAACAGCCUUAUUCAGAGUGGUGUGGAUGAGGGUGCCAAGGUGCUGCUUGACGGCAGGAACGUGAAGGUCAAGGGUUACGAAAACGGCAACUUUGUUGGACCAACCAUCAUUAGCAGUGUCACGCCGGACAUGAAGUGCUAUAAUGAGGAGAUAUUUGGACCUGUGCUAGUGGUCCUGGAGGCUGACAGCUUGGAUGAUGCCAUUAAAAUAGUCAAUAAGAACCCAUAUGGCAACGGAACUGCCAUCUUCACCACCAACGGUGCAGCGGCCCGUAAAUACACUCAUGAAGUCGAUGUUGGUCAGAUUGGAGUUAAUGUACCAAUCCCCGUCCCACUGCCCAUGUUUUCGUUCACCGGUUCCAGAGGCUCCUUCAGGGGUGACACCAAUUUCUAUGGAAAGCAAGGCAUUCAGUUCUACACACAGAUCAAAACUGUUACUUCGCAGUGGAAGGCAGAAGAUGCUACCCUGAAGUCCCCCGCUGUUACCAUGCCAACAAUGGGACGUUAAGUAUUAAUCACCUGCAUAAAUUCCUCUCUGGCCCCCAAAAUUCAACAAUACUUUUAACUAAUGUACAGAUGGAUAUUUUCAAACAUACUCUCAUAUGUAGUUAAAUAAUUCCAAAAAUGUGAACUUUUUUCUUUCACUGUUCAAUAAGUUGAGAAAAUUUUUUUAACAAAGCAUGAAUUGCUUUAGACCGCUGUAUGUCAAAUGGUUUGCCGUUCUUACCCUGAUAUAGCCGAAGUUUCUGUUUCAGAAAAUAAUGACUCCACAUUCAACACAAUUUUACUUUGGGUGUUGACGAGCUGUAUUAAGUCUGCAAAAAAGGUUGAGUGCAACAACUUCUACUAUCUAUAGCUAGCUGGCUCUUCUGAACUGUUCAACUAGCAUACUGUCUUGUUAAAUAUGAAUGUCUAUAUAAAUAUGCAACAUUUGUGAACUGCUGUUGAAUAGAAGACUGUUUUGGCCUGUUUGCCUCAAUAAAC